AUGGAAAACCUCGGUAAGACGUGAUGGACAUAGUUUGACAAGGGCAGUUAGAAAAACGCGGUCUGUAAACACGUUUUUCUCCAGAUGUGUCGCUAUUUGUAACUUAAUUUAUUUCGUGAUAUAGAAAACGCAGUUUUUAGAAUUUUGUUUUUGGAAGUAUUGGUGAGAUACGCAGCAUUGGUACCAAUACUUUGCCGUGCAAUACUUUGAGUUCGUUUAGAUUUAACAAGAUAUUUCGCAAACAGUUUGCGUGGCCCAAAUUGGCAUAUUCAGCACGUCUAAGAAUUUGCGUUAGAAACAUAACGCUUCAUAAAAUAUAUGUUUCACGUGCACGACCCCGAUAGCACAAUCGAAGCUACAUUUUGGUUGUUACAGGGACAACUCAGAGUUGAGUAACAGCAAGCAACUCUCCAAUAGAAAGGUCGUGCUCAUGCGUACGCGCUCACUCGUGUAAGUGCACUUUACGCGGCCAAACGGACUGUCCUCCCCUCAUGAGCAUUCCGGGUACUUUGCAGCCUACUCGACCCGAGAGCUAUGCGAUUCUCCCCAUGAGAAGGUGCGUGCCUGCGUUUGCAUACGAAAUUGAGGCCGUUCGCACCGGUCCGCGAUUACAGCAACUUUGUGGCCUCUAUAGCCGGCAACUGAACAGCAAAAUUUUAUCAGGGGAUACUCAGUUCCUUUUAUAUGGAAGAAUCUUAUCUCAGUAUAGGAGUCGGGCAACCGCAAUGACUGCUUGUGUCUUAUGCACCAUCUUCGGAAAGCCGUCCGCACCUUCAGACCUGAGAAACAAACAUCGGAUUUUUGGUCAUUGAGCAUCAAUCGAGACAUUCUACUACUGAACCGGUCACGUAUGCCCAGUCGGUUGUGGAAUUAAAUAGUAAAAAUCGCACUGGAGUGGCGUUCACCGGUCACUUUCCAUUGCUCGAUCGGAUGUUAAUGCUCCGCUUUACCUUAAAACCGGAACCCACACAGGUUAUUGCAUGGUUAGGAGCAAUCACUUAUUGAGCAGUGUUGUCGUCAAGGACUUGGGGUACUGGAAUGGACGUCUUUGGCUUAUUUGCCCGUUCACGCAACGUCUGUGCGACCUUCACUACCACGAAUCACAUCAGGUGGAACGCUACAUAUCGGCUCAACAAAAAUGUAUCUGUUUUACUGCUAACUGAUCAAAGAGGCCUUGCUCGGGUCCGGGUCUUCACACGGCCGUGGGAUAAGGUAAAAAAGCGGUGAUGACUUCAAAAAAGCCUUUGAUAAAAUUGGACUCUCACAAUUGUGUCAUGCUACUAUUUAUGCAUAAAAGUGCAGGACGCGUUGCCGCAGAACUAUCGUUAGAAUGGGGUAUUUCAUGAAUUGACGGAGUUUGUUUGCUCUGUUCGAGUAUAUGUUGGUAUGUCAUUGGGAGUGCCUCCAAAACGUUAGAUGCAGCGGGCCAACGCGGGGCCAUAUCAAAUUCUGGCAGACGUUAUCAGGCACCAUAAUAAAUGUGAACAAGCGGGAUGCGGUGGCAGUUCCAGUUGUCAGCUGACGUCCGCCAACAUGGGUUCCUGCCGCCUCACGUAUUUUUAUCGUCGGGUAAAACUCCGGUCAAGUGUUUGUUGUGGACCAGGGGGUGUGACGGUACGCCUGUGUGCUUGUUCGGCUGUGACAGCUACCCGCGCCCUUUUCUGCCUCCGAUCUUCUUGGCUAUGUCUUGACAUCAGGCCCAGGCGGGGCAGGCGGAUAGAGUGCGGUAAGCGCCGCGCAAGUCUACUGUCACUAUGAAAUAAUUCACGCGCAUCUCCCCGAUCCUGCUAUCACCCUGUUAUAGAGCACACGGUGGACAUCAUUGGCAAUGACGGUCGAAUUUUCAUGUCAUUGAAAAAUUUCCGAUUUCUUACAACAGUCUCAGAAAUAGCCAUUUUCCUCCUAAUCCUAACGGCGACUGAACCACUAGAUAAUCUUACACGUUUACUCGUAACGCAUCAAAAUAAAUUUGGUCCAAUAGCCAUCGAAACUGAAAUCAAACAUGUUGCCGUGCGCUUCGCGGCUACUUCAGAAUCCUGGUGUAGAAUAUUGGACCAAAGUAGCUUUUUAUUAAGUAAAUCCAUGCUCGUCCAUAGAGAUUGACUGAUUUUAAAAGCACCAACGGGUUCCGUUAUUCUGUCUUUUGAAAGGUAACGUUUAUUUCGCAUGCACAGAUUUUACUCUAUUUAGUUCUUGGAAACACAGCUACGAUUUUGAAAUUAAAGUUUGCAGCUAAUUUGCCUUGACUCUGAUGCUUCAAUGCGACUGCAUUUAAGGAUUAUUUUUUAUGGCCAUUGUGAAAAAUCUUUCUUUGCAAACACAUUCGCAGUCGAGUUUUGAAAGUGCAGUCAAACGCGUUGACGACCAUUGAUAUGUACGCCAACAAGCGGGCAUGCCAUUUCUUAUCGUUUAAGUCUGAUGCCAACGGACGAAUCGAUAUGACAAUUUAUUUUAAUAACAUCGAGAGGAAUAUACAAGUCAGCAGUGGAGAAUUUUAUUUGCACAAGAGUAUAACACAAGAAUAACCGGUUUGAUGACCCAUUUAAUCCCUGACUUCAGGAGUCCUGAAAUCUACGAGAUUUCCGAUAGUGUAAAACGUUUGGAAACUUCAAAGAUAGCAUAACGCGACCACAUACUGCUUGAAGACGUACUAGCAUCGAGGUCUAUGUCUAAUUCACCGUCCAUAUUUUCUUAAAUGAUGUUUCCAUCAUAUAUAACUACAAUUCACAAAAAAUGACUAAAUCCAGAAACAAAGGCUACCGGUGUAAGUUGUGCUGGCAUAAAACUACUUAAUUAUUGCCGCAAACUUGUCCCCGUAAAGGCAGUGCUCUUGUAAAAAAAAUGAACGGUUCUCCUGUUCUGUCACAAGUUUCAAAAUGGUCGAAAUAGACUUACUUACCAACAACAUUUCUUUUUUGACGUAUUGGCCCUCCUGUUUGAUGCUAUAGUUGCACAUACACAUAAAACAAAGCCCACUUUGCCUACUGCUUUCUUAUUUUAUUUGAUAAAAAUUAAUUUUUGUUUGCAUUCUCAACUUUCGGGGAGGUGUGCUUUUAGAAUUUUUCAUCAUCAAACUUGUUCACCUUUGUCAGUAAAAUGAUCACAAUAUAAGCUGUCUUUCAAAGUUAAUCAUCCUGGUUAUGUAAUAUUGUGUUAACAGAGGCAUAUAUUUGAAUCAUGAAGUACCCGUAGCGUUUAUAAGGUUUCUAGUCCACAACGUGACGCAACUCCAUACGGGAAAAGCAAAUAUUCAGGUCAUAACAGCACAUAGCGUUUUGGUAUCAAAGAUGAAGACGCCUGGAUUGCGUAAAACCUGUUUAUGCCUUGCGGAAUGUUGUCGUCAUUAUUAGGUCAAAGUGUUUAGUGCAUAUGAUACAGCAGUUGCGAAACCUCAUGACAUGUACAACAGUGAUACGAUACCGUAUUUAAUUAUCGACUGAACAACAAUUCCGUUUAGACGCGCUUCUGGAGGACCUCCAUGCGACUAAACAGCAGGUGCUUCGCAAACAGAGCUCCAACAGCCAGCAGACUUUCGACACUGGCCAGACGGCCUACCAAACACAUAAUAUAAUUACCAAAACCCCGACCUUGCAAGAAGGUUCCUCCUAUACCGCGGACAGUUAUCGGCGUCCUGGUAAUGAAAAUGGAAUCAAUGGAUCUAUGGCAUACCAACAGCAGGUCCACCGCCCACUUCAGGAAAAUUUAAACUUGCUGGACAGUAUGUUGCGUGGAUUGCAUGCAGUGUACAACAGUGAGGAUGAAUACCCAGUGGAGAGUAAGCUUUUGAAGUGUAACUUCGAAUUCAUUCCAUAAACUUAGAACAAAAUUCUUCUAAAGUGUGAGUGUAAAAUGGACCUCCUCAUCUAGACAUGGGCGGAAUUAUGAACGCUGUUGCGUUAAAGAAAAAUUUCCAUCUCAUAACUGCGACUCUCCAAUCACUACACGAUUUUAGCAGUUCUGAAUAUAUGACGGAUAAAAUCACACCUAUAUCGACCGCCGCAUAUUUUCUAGUGCAUCUUUCUCAGUUUAAGUCGUACUAGUCCCUACUGCCUUCAACGUAUGUCUUCCGUCCUUAAAAUUAUCGGGAACGUCAUAUAAAAAUAUGCUGGGGAAAUUGCAUCGGUCAACCAGACAGAGUCACAAGAAGGGAACAAAAACGUCGAAACGUUUCCCAUCUCGAAAUUCUUGAGGUUGUCCUCACUAUGCUUUGAAUUGGGUUUAUUAACCAUUUUCCUCUAGGCUGAUGCUUUCUUGGUGAUGGAAACUGUUCGUAUGUUUCUGAGAACCUCAAAGUGGACGCAAGCACCGUUUACUUGCUCUAUCUAAGGCCCAUCAUUCAAUUUCGGUUUCAGCUCCCAGCAAUGAGAAUUAACGCUUUGAAAUCCUUCUAGUUAGGGAUCUUUUUACACGAAUGUGUGCAGUGUUGAGUGAACUGAUCGCCAUGUACGGUAGUUUUGUUUUUUAAGCUUUGCCCCGCUGCAAGGUGUCACAGGUCUCGUUGCAAUAAGUGGGUAGAGCCCUUCCCUUUAUUAUGUGACUAUUCAUCUGUGAACGUAGGUUGACGAGUGUUUGCGCCUUAACGCCUUUGUCAUCGUGGAUAAGCGCAUAGUUUGUAGGCAUGAUUUCACAAAUUCUAUUCAGGAAACCGAAAUGCGUUUUUUGGCUCGUAAUUUAUUACCUCCUCCCCCUUUAUUGCCCGCUAACGGAGAGAUGAACGAAUUUAAAAUAGGGGCUUUAGAUAUGUUUUGCUCGUAGGUAUCGGUGCUUCCGAGUGUUCUUCCGUAUCAAUAUGAAAAUUCAUUUUGGGGCAUGGAACCGCAGCCCGGUGGUGGUUUUUUAGACUUUGAAUUGCGUCGACGCUCCUGACUGUCUUUCAGCUCCAUCGUAGUUUGGAUUGAUGCUUCUAUAAAGCUGGUGAAAAUGGUCAACUAACGAGGAGUGGUCUUCCUGGUCUCUACGUCCUUGUCAUUACAUGUCUCUUCCAGAAAAUUUGCUCAGUAGCUUCGGAAUGAUAUCAACAGCAUUGGAGACGAACGUUUCGCUGUCAUCAUGCUGCAAAUAUACGCACUUCAAGCUCUGGGACGAGAAGUUACUACUCUUCUCUCCCUGUGCCUUUAUUAUCGGGUACACGUUUAAAGUAGAUGAUUAAUGUCAGUCGUAAAAAUUCUAAUUUUUACGCUUGCACGAACGUUAAAUAUUUCUUAGUUGUCCAGUUUUAUCUCAAACAGCGGCAAAGCCUUGAAGUUUUGUUUGCUUAUCAGCACUUAAGCAAGAUGAUUGAGAACAUUCGAACGGUAGGACUUUAGAAUGAAUCCUAAUGUCACUAUUGUCCUCUGGAAAUAGCUGAUCACGAGAACACAAAUAAUUUUUAAUAGGUCAAAUGUGGGCAACAGUUUCAAUGGGUAGGAAUGCGUCAGUUCGUUUCCAGUAGCAUCCCUUUUUCUGUACUUUAUUAUCAGUUUCUAUUUUAGUGGUUAAAAAAGACGAAUAUGCAACUCGAAGCUAGCUUUUAAUUUCAGUACGCCGAAAUGACUAACGUAGUAGUUUCGAGUGCAAGGAGGCACUCAGAGUGAUCAAUUUCUCAUCACCGGGCCAGUCUGUUUUGGGCAUUGUAUGUGUUGCUAAAUUGGCGUCCGACAGGCGUUGCUGGGAGUGUGCCCCUAUAACAAAUGCCAACAUUGGGGGUGUGGCAGCACGCUCAGGUACAGUUCCACUCCACGCCAAUCGGGAUUUGAGCUGUCCUCCUUUUUCCUUGUAUAAAAUGCUGGUUACUGUGCUUGUAGACUAGGGGGUGUGGUGGUACGCCUAGGUGGGGUUUUUCUCCGUUCCAGCCGCCUGCGUCCUUUCCUGUCUCCGAUUUUCUUGACAUCGGGUCCGGAUGGAGGGAGGGGCGGGAGGGCGUUUCGUGGAUACUACGCAAGUACCUGCGUCCACUCUGCUGUGACGCACACGGUGGGCAUUGUCGGAGACCACAGUCAGAUUGUCGUAUGUGCUGUCCAUGUAAACGGGGUGCGAUUGCGAGCAAAGAAAUUGGAGUCUAUAUGUGGAUAUCUCUCGCCUGUCCACCACUAGCGAGUUCCCACUACUGAAUCCAGAGUACGUAGAGGACAACGAUGCUGUCGAAAAAUCAUAUGUGUGUCGUUCAAGAAGAUGAAGUCGGUCUGACUAUGGUAUCCCGAAGACGAUGCUCCAUGUUAGUAUUUGAUCUGAGGCUCUAAAAGUUGCCAAAAACGGCCUGGAUAUGAAGGCUUGGCGAAUAAUUCUGGAGGGUCCAAGUGCAAUCUGUAGUCUAAGCGAUACCAGGCGGCAACUAAACAUUUACUGCGGGUGAUUAAUUUACGGAUUCCCUCUAACUGUCCUUCACAAAGUCAUUGGUCAGACGAAAAACACAACUGUUAAGAGGAUCCGUGAUUUCUUAGUAUAUGUAAAAGUGGGGUUGACAGUUUUCAAAUAUUGGAAGAGUUAAAAAAACCUGACCUAAAAGACCUGACUUUUACCUAUGGGCAAAGUAUCCGUUUUAUAGAUCAUUAUUGUUAGCCAGCUACUUCUAUUUAAAUGGCCUCCUCUUGAUAGAAAACGUCUUUACCUGCACAAUAAUUAUCGGCUGCACCCAACAAAGGGACAAAAGUCCACUUCCUUUACCGAAUGUAGGGAUACUGGACUGGCUUAUAAGUUGCUCAAAAAAGUUGCUCCAGAAGAAUAUAUCAAGAAUUUUGGCAAAAAGAGGAGAUGGGUAAUGCGAGAGGACACCAUGAGCCAUAUGCGGCUAUACUUAGAACGCUUGAGAGAUCGACGCCCUCACAGUUUCGGGACAGCCACAGUUUUUUAUGUUUACUAAACUGGUGUGCAUUUAUGCCGCACAUCAUGCUGCUCCUUGACGUCCAGGUCGUAAAAAUCUGGAAUUUAUUGCGGAAAACGGGUUUUCUCGUAGGCUUGGCAUGCAGCGUACUUUAGCGUAUAUGCUGCCUGAAAGUGAGAGCAAUGAGUUGGCUCCGCAACAAUUUGUGAGUCAUCAACGAAUCUGUCUCAGACUGUUCUUAUCCCCUACCAUGCAGUUUCAAAUUCUCGGAGGCCUUAAACCUUUAAAGAACGUCAUAAUUUGUUGGUGAAAAAUCGGCAACCCAGUCGACUCACCCCAAAAUGAUGAAUGAUUUGUCUGGAAGGCAGGCCGCAGGCUACUUCCGGUCAAACGAGGCGAAGGCAGCUGUUCCACUUCAGCGCGCAAGCGGUUUCUUGUUAUCGAUGAGAUUUAAGAUAGUAUAGGUUGUAAUUAUUUUGGCUACUGAACGACGGAUUGCAAGCCUGCUUAUCUGCUUACGUCCACCGAACUUUCUGCUCUCUGUAAUGGUGAUCGAUGCCACUUCCACAGGGCCAUUUGAAGUGUCGGGAGUCCUUGUGACUGCCAAAACAAACAGAAGCUUCGCUACUGCAAUUUCAGGCAACACACCACCUUUCUUAUCCAUGAUACACUCAUUUCUAAAUGCGACUUAAAAAGGCAAUCUUCUGCUUCACUUUACACAUUUUAACAGGCCGAUGAGGAUAUGUGUGCUUUUUCCAAGUAAUGGCAGAUGGGUUAAGCCAUUGGGUCGCAAUCAUGGGUCCCCCAGUAGUUAAAAUUUAGAGCUGUCUGCUGGGGCUCCGUCCCUUUAGUGAGGCCUCGGCAUGGUACGUUAUCAUACCACUGCUAAGUGGAACUUCCAUCAAAUCAUUUUUGGGCGUCCAAAGUCUGCGAGUCUGCUGGGCGAUAGUCGAUUAAUUACUUCCAAGUUUAGCCCUUUCCGAUAGCAGGCUGUACUUCAGGUUUGCAGCAUGUCAGUCGCUAGACUUCGGAAAAACGCCUUAUAUUUGCGUGGUUUGUCUGACAGGGAAUGAACAAAAAACUUACCAGUUUGGUAUACGCUUGCUCCUGUCCGUCAGCUGUCUGCGAAUAGUUAGCAGCUUAGCUAAACCAGUAUUUUAGUUGUGAUACGAGCCUUCGAAUUUUGACAUGAAUAAAAAGCCUAUUCAAGAAGGAGUUAAUAACUGUAGCUUUGGGCUCAAAAGCAUGGCGACCCUUCGUGAAUACUGCAUGGGAUUACACGAAUCCGCGGAAGGUGCUUGCGUAAACUUUUUCUGCGGUAUCCGUCUACGGAACGACCUUAUUACGGCGAGUUUAAUACAUGUAGAAUCCGUUGGCUUUUAUCUCUGACCCUACUUUUUGCAAACAAAUUACUUUGCACCUGCCUUUGUAGCGGAGUGGUCAAAAAAAGCCUGCCUUCAUGUAAAUUGAAAUUGCGAGAUCUCAGUCUAGAAAAACGGACACCUGCAAGCUACCGCAUGAAUUUUCAAAAAAAGUGCUUUCUACAUACUGAUUGAAGUAGAGUGUAACGCACUCUUCAAUGUAUAGAGAAGUUUACGCUAGUAAAUUUAGAAGACAAAGCCGCGAAUAUGUUUAUUUGUAGAAGUAAACUAACUGCUAUCGCCAACUUCCCGUAAUAAUAACUGAUACGCCAGGAUAGAUAACAUGAACAGCAGUGCAUAUGAGCUCUCUGACAGUAUGAGGUAAGUGGCGUAUGUUUUCUUUUAUAAAUGUAGUUUUAGUCAACUUGCUAUUCCUGUUAUUUUUUCAGUAACUGUAGAUCAAGGCGUCAGGACUCGUAUCAAAAUCUGUGUGAAAAUUAGAGCUACACCUGCACUCAACUCGUUGCUUAAAAAUUGAGUCCAAGUAUACGCAUUCCGCUCACAAUUCUUACUAGGACCUAUGUGUCUAGUUUGUCAGCAACUGACCCGGAGGUGAGUACUUGUCCUGUGUACAAACCAGGUUACCACGCUAAACCGCGACUUCCCUGAACUUUUCGCGCUCACCGCAUUGCAACAUGUCUCGGGAAGUGAAGGUGUGCAGGCGAUCUUAUGUGUGUGCGAUCUCGGGUGUGCGGGCGCGCGUGUGUGCGUGUGCACUCAUUUCGAUACCUCGCCGCUGUGUCGCUUCUGUCGAUCGUUGCAUCACCUCGGUGAGAAGGCUAACCAACCGCUGCGCCUUAUCGUCACACUUACGUCUGCAUGACUGCCUGCGCGUUCGUUUUGCGAUGGACUCCUGGACAAGCACAAAUCUUCGUAAAAUACCCACCACUCCACCAAAUGUCCCGGUCAGCUUACUGGCAGAUCGCUCGCCUCAAACUCCCAACAUCUCGACCUGUGGAUUCAGCCUUUCUCCUUUCAGCCUUCCCCAGCACUUCCUGCCCUUUGUCAUCCUUCGUCGGACGCUGCUAAGACCUUGCCUGGGAAUCGCUUUUAUUCUAUGCCAAGAAACUUCAAACUGCAUUCGAGUUUGGUAUUUUGUACACUGCUAGGUGGCCGACGAAGCUAAAUAGCCCGUUUGCGCGUGCCACACACGCCUGGUCUUCGCACUGGGACCGGGUUUUCGCACAAGCAGGAAGAGCAAGACUCAGCUUCCAAGUGAGUGAGGACGCCAUAGAGGCCACAUUGAGGAUAAGCAAUUUCAGCCUGACUUUCCGUCCUAGGAAGACCGAGUUAGUUACAGGCUUCCAAACUACGACUUUUAGAAUGCCGUGAUAGGUUAAUAGUGCGUCAAGUUGUUUAGGGCGAAGCAUAUGCGCUGAGUGACUUGGUGAUGGAGCCUCCAGAGUCGAUCUUGUUCUCUCUUCCCUCACCUAGGCACUAAUCAACUGUCACGGCCAGUUAGUCACCUGACGCGGGACUUGGGCGCAUUAGCUGACAGAGUUAAACAGUCCGUCUGUGCGUCCCACACACGACCUGGCGUCCAAAACGACGCAUCGGGCUUUCACGGAAGGGGCUGAACUGCUCGAUUCUCACAUGCGUGGGAAUUUCAUAGAGGCCCUGUUGAGAAGGCGCCGUUGAGCCUUAUUCAUAAUCCACCGGCCGACCACUCCACACAAACACACACACAGGGGCGACUACGAAGUCUGAGUUGUAUUGUCAGUUGGCAACCUCUCAAUCCACGACUUUUGACGCGUCAGAUUUAUCAUAGUUAGGAAAUGUGCCUAAGUGCCGUGAGGAGCCAAAAGCACACGUCCAACUUAAGUGAGAGCUGCUUAUUCCGUACCUGUGGUGGGGAUUUAGGACUAGUUCGUGUGUGGUGCGUGGGCCAGCGGGGAGAUGUGUGAAGAUGGGUUUUGGUCUGCAUUGGUUUGCCGCAGAUUCUUGUUAAGGCAUCUGUGGCCGAAUCUGUUAAUGGUGGCAACGCUGGUGUAUAGGGAGUUGGCAAUGCUGGAGAUGGGCGUAUGCAAAGUGCGUUUGGCAUGUCAGCAUUGCGGUGACUUCCGCUGUCGUGGAUGCACAUGUGGCCGAAUAGGCCACAUGUGUACGUCGGAGCUCUAGGCACCAGCUAGCCAAUCUCUGUGCGAUGGAUUCGCAAGUGACCAACCAGGCUAAUGUGUGGUGCGAAGGUGCGAUCGCAACGAGGACAGGCUGCUGUAGGGUCCACAUUAUUCUAAAUAGGGCGAAUUAGACAUCGCAGACGGCUAACGAACACUACUAUGGGUGACAAUUUUGUGCAGUAGAGAACUGGCUGAGUUAGCAUGGGUCGCCUACAGGAUUUCCCGUCGUCCUUCGUAGAAGGCAAAGGGGGAUGGGAAAGAAAGCAGAUCAGAAAACGAAGAUGCGAUCACUGGAACAAGAAGUUCAUUGGCCUGACGUUUCGGUUUCUUACUCAGACCCAUCGUCAUAGACAUUCGCAGAUAAGGGUAAUGGUGGCACAAUGAGUGCCAUAUUUAUAGCACUUGGAUGCAGUGGGACCAUAUGCGCACUGCAAUUAACAGUUCUCUCAAUCACCACUGGGGUCGUAAUUGAUACGCUGAUGGCUUGUCAGUCCGCGUCCGAGUCAUUAAUGGCCAUGAUUUCGUCAUCCGUGCUGGAUGCUGGUGUGACGAUUGCUCGACAAAUUGGCUCGCUGCUCGCCCGCGCCCUCCCACGUGACUGAUUCCCCUGCCUAGGGAAAAACCCAGCACGGAAUAUGGUAGCGGGAGGUCAUUGCGCUUGUCGAUGGAUUGCGGGCCUGAGAACCAUGACUCGAGCAGCUCGCGGCUCACGCGGUUGUCACGCCUUGCGAGAAUUUCGGCCUCUUGAAAUUUGAAAAUAUGACCAGGUCUUCGUCUUCUGAACUGCUACCUGGGACUCGCCUGUUCGCUUCUAUCAACAAAGGAAGCUGAAUUACCGGGUGUUGCAUCAGAGAACGUCAGAUACCUUCAUCUGGUUUAGCCCACCGGUCGAGGCGGUUACCGGGGUGUGGUCGCUAGGUGGUAUCUAACCUCGGGUAACCGCAAAUGAGAGUUGGACGCCAGUUAAGGGUCGGACGGAGCAGUCAGCACCUGCACGAGACACAUGUCGCGACCUGCCAUACCUGCGCUGUUAACCCCCUACCUGGUCACAUCUACAUCCCUGUCUUCGAAUAUACAGCACUUUUAUCAUCUGCCGGGGUAAACUCUGAUGCGCACAAAAAACUUUUUGCACUUUUAGCUAUGAAGAGCCGUCGUCCCGUGCAUGUUCUCUGCCGUUCGCGCUCGUGCAGAUAGCAGCAUUCACGUGGAGCGGACUAGGUGGGAGGUAGAACGUCUAAAAUAACCGUUCACUGUGUAUGGGCUUGCAUGCUACUUCUUCAAUUUCACUUUACUAGUGCCCCUCAGACAGGCGGGCUUGCAAAGCUUCCGGCCUCUCGCUCCUCUAUUCUUCUUCCUUCUCUAUCUGAAUGAGCUGUCGGCUCUUGAAACUUGGGAGAGGAAUUCCGGGUAGCAAUUUAUGAUAAAUUGGUCAGGUCGUUAAACAAUAGCUUUAUUCGCUUGAUUUUCUGAAUUCAUGUCAGUGCGCUAUCAUUGCACCAAAUAGGAACACCCGCAAUGAAGGCGCGGUGGUAGGUGACUCAAGCGAUGGAUGGGCCUGAAUAACAAUCUCAUUCUGUAACUAUUGUAGUCUUUGCGCAUGUCCGCGUGGCUUUGUUUCGUGUCUAACCUCAGAUUCUUGUAUGAACCCGUUCAGAGCGUUGAGCAAAUAAAACGCUUAUUAAUGCAGACUGAGGGAGCGCGAAUAUCACACACAGAAGAGCUUUGCCAUCACAAUCCCAGCUGACUAGGUGUGGGACUAAAAACUAGGUAUGCCUGGUACCCAGAAUAACGGAAUUUCGACUGUUUGGGCUGCCUUUCCCAACUUUCUAAGCGAAGAAUCUGACGUCAUUAAGGGUUGGGGUGGGGGAGGUCCGUGGUCGUUGCUGUCCUGGAGGAGUUUCGGUUUCAGUAAUCUGUUGUAGCAAGAAUUUUUACUAGCCCUCAAAUAAUACGGAUGUUCCCUGUGUUUUUGGUAAAUCACCUAAUGAUGCUUUUGUUUCAGCGGUCAGGCCUACUACGUCUACCCUCAGGGCCCUAUUCACACUUUUGAAAAAAGGCUAAUCUUUAUCCAUCGAGCAGGCCAAUGUUCGCCUAUACUCUCUUCUCCCAGUUCCAAAUUUGCAUAAUCUCCUGACUAACUGUCCUCAGAGAGGCAGAAAGAGAGAGAGAGGGAGGGCCUAGAUGACCUUUCUUGAUGACCGUGUGUAGGUACCAAACGUGGGUUUUGUUGCCGAACGUGUCACGUUUUCCUGUCAUCUCAAGCUGACCCGAAAAGUACGGGCAGGCAUGCUUGCUUGCGCACAAACUCGCGAUGUUGUGUUCUCGAAGUACCUUUGAGCCAAUUACGAUGUGUUUUUUUGCGCGCGCACUGGUUGGCUGAGUUGCAAAAUUGAUGCGUAUGCGGACCAACAAAAUUCGAAAACCAGCUUCGGCAGUGGUAAUAGAAAGAUUCAGUGGUGUUCGAGUGCCCGAUAGCAGCUGGUCCCUUUACUUGUCUUGCCUUCCCUUCUCUGUUAGGGGUGACGCCCCACACAAAUAUGGCGUCAGUUGCUAGAUUCAACUACGCCAUAGUGGGCUCAAGACAAGAUUAACGAAAUUAAAGCAUCAUUGACUCUCCCAACACCAUUGCCCUUCUGUUUCCUACUUUCCUUUCCUGACUUAAUUUAAACUGGCCUGAGAGGGUGCGCUUUCCUCUGCACACAAACGCGCCGCGGAUGUCUGCGGCAUUGUGUGAUUUCGCUAACAAAGUCAUCAAGCCGUGAGGACAGGCGCGCCUGAAGAUAGGUUUUCUGACUUGAGUAGGCUGCAAACUACGAAAUGUUCAUGCAGUAUGCCUUGUUAUGUUGUUUUGUCACCAAUGUACCUAAAAAAUCUAGUGAAUGCCAACUGCUUGGGACCGUAGAUUAUCACUGGUGGUGACGAACACUCCCAUGAGUUUCAAUGCUUGCCAAGUCGGCCUCUUGAGAGCAUUCAUUAGAUUCCCCUGACAGUGUCCCUGUUGUCUUUUAAAAACGGUCACAAAACCGCCAUUUACAGCCGGAUUAGAGCUCAAGUGAGGGGCACUUUCAGUAGAUAUAACCGAUAAUAAGUAUAUUGUUACGAGCCACCAAAUCUCGACUCAGGCGAGAUUCGAAUACUUUCAGACGCGAUGCAGUAUUACUGGUAGCGCACAUAUGACUUCGCAAUUAGACUGUGAACUAAGUCCAACAGGUUUUAGGUUUCAAUAUAAAUAUUGUAUUUACGGAGUUCAAGGAUCUUAGAUUACUCCGCAGCUUUUGAAAAGGACCUACAAGACGACUGACAAGCCCGAAUGUUAUACAAGGGAGAGAUUCCCAGUAAGAGAAGCCUAUUCGCGUUCUAGUCUUUCAGGUUCCGAAGUAGACUUCUCAUCUUCAAAGAUUGGGGAUUCCAGUGCACAACUCUCCUUAUAUGGCGCCCGGGCUGCAAGCGCUUUGUGCCACAUGCAUUGAUUGCAAGGCAGACCGAGGAUACGAAAUAGAUCCCCUUUUUGCCGUAAUCUUUGUCACACCUGUCCUUUUCGACCACUUCAAUAGUUGACAGCCCUGACGAUCUCACGCGUUAAUCGCCUCUUGUAGAGUAGAUGUCCAACGGUAGGUAGAGCACGGGCAAGCUUAUACGGCGGUCGACGUCCAGACUUCUUGCACGUGUUUCGAAGUGUGAUCGUCGCCUUGUCCCACAACCGCAGUGGUGUUAGAUCUAAAGAUAUGUUCCACCUACGUGGCAUGCAUUGCCACCUCUGGUUUCGGGUCUAACCCCCAGGCUGUCAAUUGGUGUUUGUGUCUACGGGUUCGCCGUUGUCGAAUGGCCUCUGUGACGCAGUUGCCCUCUCCGUAGCUUCAUGGAAGUCGGCAGACGACCGGUGACUUCUCCUUUUUGGGGAACGAGUCUUUCGGUCAUAUCAACUUUCCUCAGAGUGUUGAGUCGGGCCUGUGAUCGACUCCUAUUCCGCGUGACGUGAAGGAUCUAGCUACGGUGUCAAAGACGCGCCUCAGGAGAUGCCCCGUCGUAGUCUACACUGGUUAGACUCUUUUUUUCCAGUUCUUUCAGGCAGGUCUAUUUCUCUUCAUGAAUCCCCGCGGAUACAUGUGAGCUCUGAACAGAGAGCCCAGAGGCCCCUGAUCUCGUCUCCAUUGGCGACUGGGAUAAUGCAAUGAAUUUCCGUUUGCCUCUGUAACGUAUGUAUACAGCUUCAUUUGUACUGCGGCGAGCGGCGGUUGUUGUAGCUUUGUAUUUACAGUGUGUUUAUCGGUUUCGUCCAUAGCGCUGUCACCAAUAUGCCACCGGGUUUGCAGGUGGGCGUGACGACGGGGAACGGAAGUCCGUCCUCUUUUUUUCUAUCUUCAGGAACUGUGAUUCCGGAAAUUAAGUCAUUUUUUACACCACUAAGCAUUGAGAGAGAUGUCGUCAACGUAACUAGCUCGACGUUUGAAUUCUCGCGCCUAGAAUGUGCUUUCAAGAUUUUGGUGGAACGUCACGACAGUAACUCGGAAGUUGGUGAACCCGUCGGGGUACCCUUGGUUGGUUCAUACGUGGUCACAUCGAGGGAGAGGCAUGUUCUGGGACAGUAGUCCAAGAGCUCAUUGAGACCCUGAGUUGUGAGCUGGACGUCACUUUCACCGUAGUUUUGACGAAGCAGACCACUGAAAAUCCCGUCAUUGAGGGUCUGUGGUAUGACGUAAAGGAGGUGAAAUCAAAAGAAGCCAUUUCCUCACUGUGUUCAGCCUCACCUGUUUAUUUGGCCCAGGAAGUUUUCCGCUAACUGAAUCGUCUUUUUGAGUCCGCAAUCCUUUUUUAGAAAUAUCCAAAACCGUCCACUCGUUCUUUUUAUUGUAUAAUACAGAACGAACAAGAUAUCUGUUGUAGGCAUCUUGGGGCAUUAAAGUUUAACGUCCAGGCUUUUGACCAUAUUUCUUUUAUCGUUUCCAAAGAUAUUUAAGCAGGCAUAAAACGGUUGCGCGAUCCAAGGCCUUUCCCGAGCCUAACAUUACUGCAUGUUUUUUUUGCUGAAAACUCCACCGGUGGGGUACGAUAAAGUAGUUCUGCUUCAUCAGUAUUAUGGAGGUUAUAUUUACUGGACUUACCGCACGAUUCUGGAAGACAUAUUGAGUGUCAGAGUCUGGUGCCCACGGUACCAGUAUUUUCACGUACUCCUCCGAAUUUCAUGGCAUGUAUGAGAAAACCAACCAUCUACUGUUUUUAGAUUCUCAUAACUCGGUCUUCUAGCCAUUUAUUUUGAAUUGAUUUUUAGCACUGAUCCAUUGGCAAGUUUUCCUCACUGGUUUCACUGGCGCACCAUUAAGUGAGGUGCUCCUCGAAGUCUGGGCUCUCCUCUUUUGGUUCACGUCUUUCGGACUUUCUCUGGCCUCCUUCGAGUGUUGCUCAUGCCACCCAUUGUAGUCCAUUCUGUUGCACGGUAUGUGUGAUCGCGGCCUUCCAGCACGUAACUUCUGUGCCAGCUGAUAAUUACUAGUGUUAGGCUGUUGGCUUGUUAUGUGGUUUACUAAGGAAAUUUUAUCGGCAAUAGCUUAUUCUGUCUUUGGCAUCUUCGCUGUGUGGAAGUGAGUAACGUGGACUGCACAUCAGGGAGAACCACACCUGGUUGUGGCCAAGAAGUUAAGAGAACAUUUUUGUUCGGUGAUAAAGUCCUCUCCCCCCCCCCCCUCCGAAACACCCGCCAUUCCAUAAUCCACCCUUCCAGUGUUUACAACGAAUUCUCACGGCGUCGAGGCAGACGUGGCCUAUACUAGACCAGUUGAUUGGACUUGCAGCCGAUAUGCCGUCCAGUUUUCUGUCCGAAACGUAGACCACCUUCUCAGUCUUGCUCCAAUUUAGCUGAAUACAGACUCCCGUGAGCGAUGUAAUUUCGUAUGUAUAAACGCAUGCAAUCUGUUUCUUCUCUUCCACAUUUGGUCCGAAUAAAUGGCUGAAGCACCUCUGUUGCACUGUUAAGGAGGCACUUGCGGAAAACAGCGAUGCAUUCAGAGGACUGUUUCUGGUUGUUAUUCAGCAACAUCUGGAUGAUAUUUCAAACGAUUUGGAGGCAUUUCAUAAGUGCAAGAGUUCCAAACGCCAUGCACUUGGGAGCGCUCCGUCUAUGUAGGUUGCCGAUAAUAGGAUGAAAUAUCUCACUUCCGUUCGCCCCGUGCAGGGGCCGGCGGCAAUUCUGCUGCCCAAAUUAAGCGCGCCACCAUUUCUUUCUUUGGCAGAGUGCCUCUGUCAGUUGAUUUAUUGCCAGGAACUUCUGCCUCUCUUCUUCCGGUGCGAAGCCCUCCAUUAUAACGCACUUGCCUACUUUUCUCCCCACCAUCACCAACUGCAGACACUCAAAGGUGUCGCGGCAUUCAGAGAGUCAUGUUGGAGAUUGCGGGAGAUCAGGCCCCAUGGAGGCGGCCGGUAAGAUGCAUGUUCGUAUACACAGUUAGAUUACAGACUAAGAGUUCUUAUUUGGCAGCGGGUUUCUGCCCUACCGACCGGUCGUUGAGCUUAAAUACUGGGAAAAGAAAAAAAAGCAAUGAAGGCAAGAUAGGCCUUAGUCUUGUUGGCUAAACCACCAUGCUUUUCAUUCAAAAGAACUGACUCAUUUCGAUCCUAGUUGUGUUUUUGCCACCUGUUGUUUUUAUUGUCAGCCACAAGAAUAAUUUCCCGCCCCCUCCGUCACGCCAGUUCUUAAAAAGCUCUUUAGUCAUUCAAUAAGUAGCCGUUCCCUCAGGCCCCGAUCCACUCUCCCCAUCAAGUUAAUGACACUGCUGUCGUCGCGAUCCUUUGUCUUUGGGUGAGGAAGGGAGGGUUUUUGAAAUCGUCCUGACUUCUCCGUCCAACUCGGAGUAGACUACCCCCAGGAAACUCCGCAAGCUUUUAUCCCAGUCAGCAGCAUCGUUGUUGUGUUCUGUUUGUCGAACCCACGCAUUAACCUAACUCCUAUUACAACCAGCUAGCACUUUUCGAAACCUUACUCACAGUUCUUUGUCAGUGGUUCCUCUGCGCGAAUUAUCGUUGAAAACCUGCGGCUACCCGAACUUAAUGGUCUUCUCUAGCUCCAGUUCAAAUAUUUUCGGUUUUUUCAGUAGAAUUGACGUUUGCCCACAACUACUUGGCUUUAGCCGCCGUAAAAUGAACUGAAAAGUUUCUCUGGUUUGACGGAAAUUUCAUGGCCUAUGUCACAUUCCUCAAGUUUGCAGCGCCUGACAAUGGAUAAACCUUGAUGAGCUGAGUCGAACAAGUUUAGGGCACUGUAGCUCUGUGGUCCCCUCCCUCGAGCGACUUUCUCCUAACCCUGAAACCUGUGUGAUUUCGUGUUGUAUAUAAUCAGCAGCUGCUGUGUACAGAACUCCCCCAGGUUGCCUUUACCUGUCAUCUAGGAGGCUGGUCAAUUGUUUCCAAGUAGACGUUUUUUGGUCUCAUCAAAAGUCAAAGCCCCCAAAUACACAUACAUAGUGCUCAUUGUCUGCAGGGCAGAUAGGGACAAGGCUGAGCACACAGUAAACCUUGCCAAUUGCUUCGUAUAAAGUGGCCUGCCUUUAUGUAUGGUCUAAUAACUGAUGAGGUGCGCUUAACCUCGACCCUUAUUUCACCUCGAAAGUCUACUGGAAGUCAAAACCUGCGUUCAGAAGUUCGGCGCAUUCCCCUGAGGGCGGAUGCCAGUGAAGACUUAUUUGUCUUGAGCGGACUUUCUCAAGCGCAAGGUAGUACUCUUAGUAGUAUCGUUCAGCCUGAAGGUCGAAGGGCCGAGGUUGGCUGGGGGAACUAUUCUUAACUUUGUAGAUCUCUGCUUUGGCAGAAAGUAGCUUUAGUUUCAUCAGUCGGGAUUGCUCUUACGAACGAAUCCGAUCCUUUGGUUGAUUACUUACCAUCAGAGAUGAAAAAUGGGCACUGUACCACAACUGUCGGCCAUAAUCACCUCCGUACAUGCGCCACCGUUGAUUGGCUGAUACUCACUAAAAUUGUCGCAUGUUUUGCUGAUGCUUUUAUCCCUGACUUUGAACUCAAGCUCGAGUUUCAAAGCUGAAACAAAUAAACGGGCCCGGUGCUCGACUGGUCUUCGUCCUUUCUUAGAUUUAUUUGUCUCAAGUGAAAUUUCUCAGGCGUGCACAGUAGUAGUAGUAGUAGUAGUAGUAGUAGUAGUAGUAGUAAUAGUAGUAGUAGUAGUAGUAGUAGUAGUAGUAGUAGUAGUAGUGGUCACCCAAUCCUAAAGUCAUAGGGCAGGGGUGAGUCGGGGAAACUGAUAUAGGAUUUAUCGAUUCCUGCAUUGUCUGAUGUGGCUAGGGAACUGUUUCAGCGAAAAUCGCCUUAGUUUCUACGAUUUUGACCCACCUAUAAAAUAAUUUUAGACUGCGAAAUGUUGUAAAUCAUUUGAAGUUACUCUCACGAGCAAAUUUAAUCCUUCGGAUGAUUUGUUGCUGUUGAACAUUAAAAACGUACACUUUGUCACUCGCCUGAAGAGGGCGCGUUUUUAUAACCCGACUGUUUUGAUUUCCCAUUCCGUUUUACCUAGCCACUCUUCUUACUCUCACCGACUACCGCUUUCCCAUCUAGAUGGACGGCGGCCAUCCCUCGGCAUUUUUAUUCUUGAAGACAACACUUCAUAGUUUAGCGUUAUAGUCCCAAAUGUCUGAAUGCUGCAUAACAGUAGCUCGAGUUCUUAAAAUUGCCACCUUUAGUCCGUAGGAGAUUUUUUCCCUGUCGAGAAUAAUCAUCUUACUUCCGGUCAAUACUGUACAUGUGAUUUGCGCUUUUGUCAGUUGUCUGAUAGUGGUCUGUUAUCUGUUUUUUGCUUCCCGACAGACCUUAUCAGCUAGUGUUUGAAAAUAAAUUAUGCGUCGAUUAUGCGCCGAAUUCGUAGAGUUGCCGUUCGCUGAAGUUGGCUAUCUACCCAUGCACGGGCGCUUCGAAAUUGUGCCCAGGUGGACGAUGGAUUUUCGUCUAAGGAGUCAGUGAUCAUUUCAUUUACGUGUGUGUGUCAUCUUCGUGUCCUGAAGUAAACUGUCUAAGGUUUUGGCGAAAACUGAUUGUGCCACGUCAUCCUAUCACGGCGUUCUUAGACAUCCAUGGCGUCGACUAAACUAACACGGGUCUUCUCCUCACUUCCCAUUGGUCGUCUCUAGAAUGGCCGCUGUGAUCAGGAGGGCGAUGGUUCUUCCUCCGGGUGAAUAACCGAAGGUGGGGUCGAUUAGACUGAUGAUGGACGUCGCUCGGGCGUUUGACUCGCGCAUGGCGCUCUGGCGCUGGGCUCACGAACGCACGCACCCGUGGGCCCCACCUUAAAAACCCAGAUGACUAGUCGCGGUGUCGUCACAGACAGUGCGACUAGUCAUCAGGGCAGCAGACACGGGCGUUGCGUCGUCAUCGCCCACCGCCCUCCCUCCACUGUUCUCUUCUCUGCACUCGCUGGUAGGAUACGCUGGCUGCGUUGCGAGCAGGAAGCCAUCUCCUCAGAGGUGGGACCGCCUAGUAGUGUGUGUGUGUGUGUGUGUGUACGUUCAAAUUCUGGGAUAGGGAGACAGAAUACAACACGACAGAUUGAGCAAAUAGGACAGACGUGUCUUGCUAGUACCGAAAGAAAACGUGGUCAGUGUAAUAAUGGCGCUAUAAUCUUUUUCGGCCCCGCUGGCCUUCCCAAUGAAUGCCUAAUGUGUUGACUGUUUUUUCCUUUCAGCUCCGCCAUACGAAGCCAUGAGCAAUCACCGAUGGGAGUGUAGUACUGAGUAAGUAAAUCAACUUAGUCCUGCCAGCAUCAUCUGGUGUCUCAAAUGCUCUUGCUUUCUCACUGUCUGGGCACGGGAAUAUGGACAGCCGCAUUACGGGCGGCCUUGCUCAAAAUUCGAGGUGGGUUAGGGCUGGAGCUAGGGCUAGGGAGUUGGGAUUUGGUACCCUCAUAGAAUUUACCGCGAGAUUAUCUGUAGUACGGGAGGAGGGGUACAGAGUUCCGAUUCCGCUCCUCCCACCCAUCGUUUAUCGUUAAUUUUGGGAGCAUUCCACAAAAUGGUGUAUUAAUUCACCUAAUCAGGGCCCUAGGCGUUGCGUUUGCUCAUAAUAUCGCGCAAUCGCGCUAAGUUCGCGCAUUUUUUCCAACUGAUCAUUUCCGGUUCAGUGGCUCCACGAAAUCUACACCGCCGUCAUCGUGCGUGAACAGAGGAAACGCAAGAUUUAUUGAGACCAGGCAGGCGGAGACGUCAUUUCCGCCGUUAUUGCUAGUUUAAUUCACCGAAGUGAUCAGCUUUAAUGACAAUUUGGCAUUGAAGACUUCACUGUUUGCCUUUUAUAAUAUCGACUUGCUUGUACGAUUAAUUUCGCAGAUGCGUUGUCAGCUUCAAACACACGUCUUCUGAAUGAGUAAACUGAGCUGUGCACAAUACCGAAAUUCUUACGACACAUAGUCCCAUUUAAAGAUAAAGGACAUGAAGUAGUUGAGACAGCAGAAAAAAGUGAAUAGCCCAUGAAUGGAAAUGAGUUGAAUAGAAACAUUUAAGGUCCCAGUCACACUCUAGCGGACGCCUGCCAGCGCUUGGGUUGGCUAGUACUUGUAUCAGAGAUCAGUGGCGGUUUUGCGACCGGACGUUUUGUAAUACAAAUGCCUGAACUCUCCGGCCUUACGAAGAGUGUCCGUUUCAACCUUGUUGGACUUACUGGACACCCUUUCUUUAGUAAGCAGGCAACGUUUUUCGGUAUUUAAACUUAAAACUACUCAUGAUUUCGGAUGAACUUUUAGUCUUCCGAAACCGUGUUUCUGGUCUAAAAUUCAUUCUGGGCCGUUUACGUGUUCUAGUCGCCAACUCCAAAUUUGCAAUUAGCAAACUGUUGAUUCUACAUCUUUAUUUUGAUGCGGCAGUCUCACAGUCGAUGGGCUUCUGUUCAGAUUUCAAGGCAAAGAUAAAAUUGGAUUCACAGUACGUCGGGAUUUGACAUGUGUAAUUUCGCAUAAGCACUUAAAACCUAAGACCAUCCACUGAGAUUUAGAACUAAAACGUAGCUCUUAUUUCGGCGUCCGACUGCGACCUACGAGAGAACCUACUUUUUCGCUCCUUGGCCUUCCUAUCCGCGCGUGCUUUCUACUGGAUUCUCUACUAUGUGGUGUAAUUUAACUCGGCAGUUAAAAGUCUGCCGAUGGUUAACUUUAACUUUUAAAUAAGGGAAUGUCUAGUCUUCUGGGAAUCGUGUGAUCAUUAUCCCGAGGGGCGAACUUGCAAAACUCAUCAUUUAUUCCCGUCAUGAAGCGCUUUCUAACAGUGCUUUUUGAUGCUUAUCUUAUUUGUUUUAGGAUAAUGUACUGUUUUAUAUAAGGUUGAAGCGCGUAGAACGCCGUAACGGGCUAUUUACACAGCUAAGGUCUACCCGAGAAAAAGGGCUAUUUCGAUCGCAUGACCUUUUACAUUUUUGGAGAGUUCGUACUCUUUAUUCCAUUAGUUGCCUGUCUUUCGAAUGACUGAUCUCUUGUACUUAUGAGUGCUUUUCUGAACAUGCUAUGCAAAGCAAGCUCUACAAGUUUAGUGUGGCGACACAUUAGUUCUUCUCUCGUCCAAGGUCCUACUCCGCCAUUCAUUGGUUUUCCUACUGUGUUUCCUGUUAAUACUUGCAGUUAUGUUGAGCCCUCGGAGAUUACCAGUUCUAACCUUCAUCCUUGAACCUAGUGACGUCGUGUGCACUUUGCAUCCACAUUUCUCCCCUCUUGGCAGUGCAUAAAACUUGUCCAUUGGUUUAACUAGAUACCUUUGUGAAUUUAUCUAACUCUCCCUCCUUUUGGUAAGACCAAACCGAUUCACUCAUAUUUUGAUUGGUUGCUAUUUCUCGGCGAAAUUCGCACUAAGAUGUGUAGAACAGUCGGUAGGGUUGCAUAUGUUAGCGUCGCCCAUUUUACGUGCUCUGCCUUUCGAGGUAGUGGUAGAAUAUGUCGGACCCAUUUACACUAACCGUAAUGUCAGCUGUGCGACUUGCUGGCCUUCCCAUCAGCACAGGCGGCAAGGCAGAAGUCAGCAUUCCUUGAGGUGCCUUACGCUCCUCUGGGAGGAGCGGCGGGCUCCUAUACUGGGAUCGUUUGUUGGGUCAACAGCUGCCUAAACAUUUUACCCAGACAGUGGGGCGUAAAGGCCGUCGGCCGAAGUACAUAGCCUGCGUUUUGCUCACGUUUCGCAGUUAUGCGGCAGUUCAAAGAAUCUUGCCUUUUUAGUCCUCCACCGUCGGCCAUGCGAUCUUUAUUCGUCCGUAUGUUUACGCAUAAAAUGCAUUGUGUUAAGGCCGAAUGUUUAUAGCGCAGUGGAGUGUUUUGCAGUUAACUUCUUUGAUUCCACGUCCAGGUCUUGUAGGUCAGAGGCUGAGGUAUGACUGUCUCACGACUACAAAUGAAUCCCUUGUUCCCGUCAUUGGACUGCCUAAACAAUUUCUAGAGCGUGUUUUUGGGAUACAAACUUAUAUUGACCCAGACAAAACCUGGUGUAUUCGGUUUUCGUCAAUGCGUUCACUUGCGGUUGCUGGAGCUGCAAAGUGGCAACGCAUUCUGAAGCGUGCGUGGUGUUUUUAAGUUACUUUUUUGGUGCAAGACACAAGUCUCUGAAACAUCAUGUACGUCGUGAUCAAAUCGAAGCGCUAAAAUGCUGAUGUGAACUUUCAAACGUCAGCUUUAUAGAAUGACCCAGACGUGGGCAAAAGUGUGCAUGAAAUAAGACUAUUUGAUAAUUGCCCAUCAUCUUCUACCUUGCGUCAGCAUCUAAGUCUAUCUCACUUUUAAUUCUCUGACUAGCCACGCUUUAGAAAACCAAUUCCCUCACCAGAAGUUGAAUUUUCACUUUCCCAGGUGUGGAAGCUUUCGAAGGUUACUAACACAAAUAUUCGACCUGAUCGUUUGAGGUUUUGAUUAGGCUCCUCGGUGCUUGAAUCCCCUGCAACUAUCGUAGAAUAAGGGAAUAAAUCUGCCAAACCUAGCCGACAGCAUGCAUUCUGUCCACACACAGAACUGUCUCGCCUUUCCGCCUCCAAUUAGCGUUCAGAAAAACCACUGUUUGAACCUCAUUACCUGUUUUUGCGAGAUAUGUCUGUUUACGCUUGGCACAGUUGGGCGUGGUAAUCCGCGGUUUUUUUGUUGUCGCCUGUGUGUACCACCUAGUCUUUGCGUUUCGUCUGGAAUUCGGAGAGCUAUUUGCGCGGAUGUUGUAGUCACUGCUGACGAAAAAAUACACACACACACGCUCAGGGCGCAUUCUGCUGGCCUUACUCAUUGAACUUUUUUGUGCGGGAUGGCAGCUGUUCAAAGGGCACCUCAGACUACAGCAGUUCGGCUUUGGUGAAUCCAAAGUGCAGCACUCCUCAAAGGCCUCAUUCAAAUGCGGCAGCGACAACGGUGGUCGCUGUGGUCCAGUAUUUCGAGUCGCUUAGGCCGCCUCCAGCUUUAGCACCAGUUUGUCCUACGACCUUAACUCUGAAGUUACUGCGCUCGCGGUCGGAGUUUUGUGAACCAUUCCUUUUUGCAAAGUGUUUUUUCUAUAAACUGAAGCGUUGUUCUCUUGGCAGGACCUCAGCCUAUUAGUAAAUUCCGCUCAAAAUGUUCUGUCUUAUACGGGGAACUCGGAGGAUCACGAGUUGUGAAGGAUGGACUGGUAGCAGGGCGUCAGUUUACCCACUCAUCCUCAGACAGCACUAAAAGUGGGAAAUUUUGACAUUUUUUGCACAUGAAGACAAACUUUUCUGCCCAAUCAUGUGUCUAAAUGACGUUUGUACGGUGGAAAAACUUUGAAUUUACAUAAAUGACGAAUUUUCUUUGACACAUAUCCCGAGAUAUGAGGACCAUGGAUUAAUGUAGCACGUAGUCCAUUGCCAAAUUAUAUGAGCUCUAUAUCACAUCUUGAUGAUAAGGUAGAAAGACGCAUGAUUUCCUCACACGGCAGGUACACAGUAUGUAAUUUAUAACCCGCAAUGCAAGGGCAGCCUUAGGUUGUGUUCAAAAUUAUUUGGGAUUUCAUAUUGACCCAACUGUGAAAAACUCGGCGCCUCGGUGGGAAUCGAACCCACGCAGUAAGGAGAAGGCUGUAGUACAGCCAACGCUCUAACCACUUGAGCUACGAGGCCCCGCCGGACGACGCGAGUUUAAUCACAUUUGGGUCAAUAUUAAACUCGCGUCGUCCGGCGGGGCCUCGUAGCUCAAGUGGUUAGAGCGUUGGCUGCACUACAGCCUUCUCCUUGCUGUGUGGCUUCGAAACCCACCGAAGCGCCGAGUUUUUCACAAUUGGGUCAAUAUGAAUUAUUCGAAAUCUGCCAAAAUACUUAUUUGGGAUUUGAAAAAAGCUUACAACAACCAGAAGAUAUCCUUUUUGAGUGCGAAAUUUGAAGAAGAGGUAAUUUAUUAUCAAACGUGUACACAAAAGAAUACUUUCAUGCAUAUUUUCGACAAAAUAUAUGUAAAUUUAUAAGGGCAUCGAAAAUCAAUCGGAAAACCCUACCGUAUAAGUAGUCGUUUUUGCACCAAGUGUGGUUUUUACAGGCGGUCGAAAAGGAGUAUAUUUAAAGUCCCGUAUCGUGGCGUCCACUCAGAUACGAAAUUUAUGCUGUUACUAAAAUGAUAAAAAGCAUAUUUUUCAUCAGAAAUCUAAGGGAAACAAUAAAAAGUAUUGAAUACAAAUUGUGUGUAAGAUAUGACUGCGCUGUCAAAGAUAACGACUGAAUAAGUUGUCCCAGAUCCUGACAUUGAUGAGCCUGAUGGCCUUGUUCGUCCUCUGUUUCUUUUCACAAACUGACCUUAAUUAUGUGAGCAGACUGGCAUCGGUGCGCUUUUGAGGCGUACAACUUUCGGCAUGAAAAUCGUGUUUUUUAAGCGUAGCCCGCCAUACUGAGUGAAUAUGGCGAAUUUAUUCGGGAAGGUAUGUACGUGUUCAUCAUAGGUCUGGAAGCGUCCUGCAAUAGGAAUGGCUCCACCACACAUAAAAACUCCGGCACGGGUUUUGUGGAUGUUUCUGCUGCUGCGAGGGUUCGCCUCGUCACUGGGUCUCCCAGUCGUAUGCGCGACUUCUGGCCUAUGAACUUCAGAUAUUGAUGCUAAACCCAUAAUUUUACAGUUUAUUGGGUGAAUAACCUGCGGUAAGGUGCCCGACAAAACGUCAUGUCGACUUUUGACUAGUGUCCGUAUCCAAAGUAUGGUGGGACCUAAUUAUAAUACUGGUAGAAUUGAUAUUACGCAGUUAUUUCAGCUUUGAUUUGUAUGUUCGCCAAUCUUUCUCGUCGACUCUGAAAAACCGAGUCCAAAGUCACUCUAACAUUUGCCAGAUUAGUAGUUUGACAUCCUUUAUUGUCAAGCCCAAAACCAGGAGCUCAUUUGUGCCAUUUGAUCCCACGAAAACUAAUAGUGUUACCUAGAUUAAUGGUCCAUCCUCCCUUCAGCUGACUAUUAGCUGCCUCGAUAGUCAACGUAGAAGGCCCUUUCGCCUAGCCUAUAAAAACAAAGUCUAACAUGUCAGGACGGUUUUCUUACUGCAUUACCCUCGGAGAGCUACUGAAGUUUUAUGCUCCUAUGGAGAUUUUAAAUGCUGAUCAAAUAAGAGGUUUUGGAUUGGUCGUUUAUCCCAUUUUGUGGUAUUAACUUCGGUACUUCUCCAUCUCAGUCAUUCUGAAAGUUAUACUUCAGUUUUGGACACGUACAAGUUACACGGAGACGUCUUUCCUCACUAAGAAGGCUGUUGUAAGAUCGUAAAGAAAGCGGUGAUUGAAAGUUUGUCGCACAGACAUCGAGCCAAAUCGGCCGGACGGUCGCCGUAAGCUGGACCCUCGUGAAAUAUAAAUCUUGGUUCCCCAUAUCAAGUAAUGCCAUUGACCGUAACUGUUUUCGUCUUUUGUCCGAGAAUAUGGCCUUGCCAUCCCGUCGACUGUUGUUCUAAGUCUGGGUCGUGGAAACUGAAUCUACGUUUGAUUUCCGGUUACAAAUUGCUUACCCCUGCUAACCGGAAAUUUCACUUUAAAUAAUAAAGUCAUUCUGCAGCAUUUUGGGUGCCACUCUCCACACUCAGUUUAUGAACUUUACUGAUAGGUGAACAUUAAGGAAAGUACGAUUCAGCGAAAUUAUCAUUAAUCCUCGGGUAUCCGUAAUUAGACGCGGUACUGCUCUCUGCCCGUAAAUCACAGUAUACUCCGCAGUUUUAGUAUCUACCUAGUUUUUCGAGCAAGAAGAUAUAUCACGUCUGGGGUCACUUUCGACCGUUUUCAUGCCAGUCUUUUGCCAGUGAAGAAGUAUCUAACUCCCAUUUGUGUUGGUCGUGCCAGCAGGAAGCGUCGAGGGUGCAAUUUUCCACCAUGUUAAGAUGUGUGAUGAUGACAGAAUGCUUAAUGUUUUCGUUAUUCAUGCAAACCUGAAGUUGAAAUAGUUGAGCAGGAAAGCUAUAAACCCUUAUUUUGCUGUAAAAACGCCUAAAUUUGCACUAAAACUGGUUGCAAUACGCAUAAUGGACCAUCAUUUCGAUGCCUGCUCGGUAUAUUUUGUCACCGUUGUAUGGUAGAGAAGCGAAGUCGGGAUGAUCCCGAACUAUGUAUUCCAAGUGUGUAUGCCGCAUUUUUUCAACUCACUUCUCAAGAGGAAUGACAACAUAAAAAGUUAGGGCUGUUUUUUAUUUAUCUUAGACUUCCCGUGACAGUUCGACUUGGCCACAAGUGAACAUCUUCCAUGCAUUUUAUAGACUAUGUCAUACUGUUGGUAGUGCUACAAAUGCUGCCAUGAAUAUCGAUUUACUAAUCAAUAGACUGCCUGUUAAUGCAUCACGGGUGUGUUUACCAGAACCAGAGGCUUUAGCAGAGUUUUCGGAUUUAAGCGUGAGUUAGCGUCCCUAUUACGCGCUCUCUGAAUUAUCAGGCCUUCUGCUCUAGAAUCUAACCCUGUUUAUUUAAGCAUUUGUGGGGAAGGCUAAACUGGCAAAAAGGCUGAGUUGAGCAAGUAACCGUGUCAGGUGCACUUAAUUGAGGGGUGGGCAAAAGAUCCCGUUCGAUUAAAGGCCUUGCAUCAGCAGUUUGACCGCUGCCACCCCUUCGCUUGCUUAUUGACGGAAACCAUAGCCCCAAACGCGUGAACUCUUAACCUAGUUCACUAAAUAUGUGUUAAACUUGGAAAUAUUACUCAUCUGCGGUUGCGGUGCCGAUGAGCAUGUAGUAGUUUAUCCUGCCGUCUCGUACACCAUGUCGUUUUUGCUCUCCGCGAGAAUCCUCCCAGACCUCAUACGAUUUUCUUGCACGGAGAAAACGCAACCCGCGCGCUGUGAUUUAAUCUAGCUUAAUGAAAUGUGGUUACUUUGCAGUUUAGGCGGAAUCGCCACGCGGUCUUUGCCAGUUGAACCUUGUUCAUACUUACAGUUUGAGGGGCGUACUUUACCCUGGGAGGACUGCCAUGUUGUGAACGUGUGAACAUGGAUUGGAGGUGUAGGGAGUUCUCAUUAUGCCCCUGCAAGUUUCACUCUCUGCACUUCAAAACUAACUGGAUGUGGCCAUUUCAUUUGUAAGGUAUAUAUUGUUGUAAGCGGUUUUACCCUUAUGCUUUUACAGUGGUAGUCCGCUCAGCUCAUUUAUUUUGUUUUUCCAAGUUUAGUAUCUUUGUUAACACGAAAAAUAUGGAUUUUGCCACGUGAAACUGAAUCCCGCUCGUGAAACAGCAAGUAAUCGUUUUUCCUUUGAAACAGCAUGAAUCAGUUUCGGAGUGCAGUAUCCAGAAUCCCCAGGGAGGAAAAAAAUCUGUUUCCAAAGAAAGUGCAACACGCCCUUAUUUUAUUCCCUCUCAAUGUCCUGUGAUGUCUGUAAUUACGACACUUUUUGCAAACAGGGGUUGGCCUAACGGCAAUUUUGCCAGUGCAAUCAGACCCUACUUGAGCGUGACAAUGACAGCGGUAUUUGCCUUCCGCCUGGCUGUUGUAGUUUUAACACGGUUUUAUUUUCUAUUAAUCUAUCAUUCCACGUCAUGCACAGAAACUUCACCUCAAUGCUCUUUUCGAAAUUCGUCCUCCCAGCUCAGUGGUGGCUUGUGGGCAUUUCAGAAAGUGUUCUCCUCCCCGAAUUUACAGCCUUUGGGCAACUGCUGGUGUGUAAUUUAAAAUCCCCUCUGCCCGUUUUUUUAGCUAAGACACAAUUUGCACAUUGACGAAGCGGUCCACCGCUGGAAAGGUCUGCAGACGGAAGUGUGAUACGUAAUUUUUUCUGCUAAUUACAGAGUCCCAACGCACGGAACUGCGGCUUCGUCAGGAGAUCAGGCGGGGACUGCAGAAGACCUGUCGGCGGAGACUCGGCAUGCUGCGGAACAUGCCAGUCGACAGCUGGACGAACUGAUGCUAUCUCUAAGGCAGCUGCGAGUACGAAUUAUGCUUAUCUAUUAUAUGCGUAUUUGUGACAGUCGGCUUUAUGGAAACCCAGACGUCUACGUCGCAGUUCGUCUCCUUAAUACUGCCUCGAAUCUGUACCGUCAACCGCAAAUUGUCAAUAGUCUGCACAGCAUCGCAUAUUUACGAAUCGACUUUAUUCUUACUAUGUGGGGUUGAGUUGGUUUUCGAUAAACAACCUGGGAAUCCCUCCCCUCAUCCUUGUCCUACGAGCCCUGAGAUCCUUUUUCGUCUGCUACAGAAACGUAGCCAGCGUCUCUCCGGUUCAUGGUAUUCACAGUCUGAUUAGAGUAUACUUGUGUUGCAGUUUUCCUAACUCCGGUAUUAAGACGUUUCCCAUUUUUGCCUAGCAAGAUGUGCAGCUGUUCAGUCUCUCUAAGGGCUGUUCGCUUUAAGUCAUCUUUAUUUUCGUCAUCCAGCUGAGUAAGGGGUUGUCGGUGGCAAAAUCCAACUCUGCUCAUCGUCAUUGUCAAAUAUUCACCCAUGCGGUGUCUCCCUCUGUCAAUUACUGAAGUACGUGGCGGUGGCAUGGAAGCGUGUGCAUCCACGACGCCUUCCUUAGGUUGGGAAGAGGAGGUCUGUAGAGGUCGCAACUUUUUCAGUUUCUGAUUUGACGACUGUUAAAAUUUUCCCUCCAGCUUGCUAUUUUUCCCAUUUGAUGACGCUGCUGAGAAUUGGGAAAUGAAGCACCGGUAAAUGGACGGCGUAUAGAAAGUUAACUAGGCCUGUCUUCAGUAUCUUUACGGCACUUAGGUGAAAAAACACCAUAAGAGGCGAUUUGUUUCUCCCUAUCAGGUUGAUUCUCAUUGUUAGCCGCUCGUUGUCAUCCUUACGAGGAGCGAUCAUCCCUGGGAGUCCGAUGGCUCGACCUUGUCAAGCGGAGCAGUCUUCUGACCAUAUGCACUUUCGCACUCCCAGCAGUCCGUUGUGUCUGAGGGAUACUCCGACUAUUUACGAAUUUUAAGAUAUUACUAAUGGCCAGCGCAGUUUCUAAGUUGAGUACUCAGUAGGAUUUCUGAAACAUGAUCUGUCAUUAAUUUCGAACUUCAUGCUUAACGUGCUCCCUGAAAUGGCUUUCGCAGUAUUUUUUCUGAAGUUGGAGUAUUUUUCUCCCGUUAAACGUGACAAAACUUGACAUAAUCAGUUUCUCGAUCUCCUCUUUAACUGCGAACGGCAGUUCAUUAAAAAUGCAGCCCAGAGCAAAAAAACGUGAUAGGUACAUCGACUGUUGGGAAUGCUAAUGAGCACUGUGGAAGGGCCUGGCGGAGGUUGGCCAUGCAGGAUAGCAGGCGAGUGCCGUUUGUGCGUCUUUCCCGUUUGAUUGCCCUAGGCUGUAUUCGAGUUGAUCCGCCAGUUAUAUAACUACACAAUGACUGUUCAUAGUUAAGCGGUAGGUCACGAAAUCCAUGAAGCCGUUAAAUUCUGCGUGUUUUGCCGCAUUGCCUUAUCCUAGUACUGUUUGCAUUUGUACAGACGAGAUCCCACAACGAAGAAAAUAUGGCGCAUAUUUAAACCAAUCGGCAAGAUCCUCUUGCAAGUGUGAGUGGAUGGAGCAUAGAAGCAGGCGCUCUUGAUUGUUUAAAAAGCUAAAACAUUCUGCUUCUCCGGAUACUCUGUUUUGUCGACUUCGCACAAGCGUUCAUGCAAUCAGUUUUUCACUUAAUCAACUCUACUAGACGUAGUUGACUGUAGUUUAUCACCAGCCAGUGGAAAAUGAACACCCUCUGUCUCAGUAAUUUUAUUUCAAAUGAUAUCUUCCUAAGUAUCUAUGAUCGUCUUCAGUCGAAGUUGAUAAUCCACGGCGUUUACCUUUCUGUUCUAAUGAGCAUCGAAGUCCGACACUAGCAUUCCUAUCCAUCAGAAAACACUGUUAAAAACAUUCAUCAGUGGCCCAUGCCUUUCAUAGCAUACUGAAAACUUUGACGUAAAGCCCAGUGAAGUGAGAGUGUUUGACUGACUGGACAAAGGUAGAUACGGAAAACCGAGCGUUGUCGCUCCUGAUUUCUUGCUUUCCUCAGUGGUUUCUUUGCAUUACCGCCACCUUUGAGAAUAUUCAGUGCCAGAUAAUUCCUCUUUAACUCUUUCAGCUUUAAACUACCUGCCCUUUCGUAAGCCCUUCUCUUGGUAGUCUACAGAGUUGUGCGGAACGAUGGUCUUGACGGUUUGAGGUGUUUCUUCAUAGGCGGCCAGUUGGCCAGGAAUGGUGGAGAUGAUAAAGAUGUUAGUGACAAUGACGACGUCUACGACAACGGCAAUGAUGACGCUGAUGAUGAUUAGAAUUAUGAUGCUGCUGCUGCUGCCGCUGGUGAUGAUGAUGAUGGUGGUGGUGAUGGUGAUGGUGGUGAUGAUGAUGAUGACGACGACGACGAUGAUGAUGAUGAUGAUGAUGAUGAUGAUGAUGAUGAUGAUGAUGAUGGUAGUAGUAGUAGUAGUAGUCCAGGUUCUCCGACUACUACUACUACUACUACUACUACUACCACCACCACCACCACCACCAUCAUCAUCAUCAUCACCACCGUCCCUGCUCCCACCUGCUGUGGGACAUACGGUGGACAUCAUCGAAAUCGAUGGUCGAACUGUCAGUAGUAGUAGUAGUAGUAGUAGUAGUAGUAGUAGUAGUAGUAGUAGACAGCCUUUACUGCAACUGAAUAUCUUGGAGCUUUUCUUUCCCUUCUACUACAGGGGACUGUUUUUCUCGUCUAGAUGCAGAACCAGUCUGCUGUUGUCGAUCAACCGCCUUCUCCUGCCCAACCUACAGUGCCCAGUCUGAGUCCUUCCAGCCUGCGAGCACCGUUCGCCCAGAGACCAAUUGAUCUCCUCGGACCGCCUGAGCCGGAAGUUGGCCAUCCGGACCUCUUGGUGCCUGGUCCCGAUCCAUCGAUCCGGUUGCCCGGCAAAGAUACAGAUGAAGAGUGCCGCAUGCCAGGCAGGAGGACACCCAAUGACAGCAGCCCUGAAGCUAACAGCUUCAAUGGUCUAGUUGGACAGUCACCCCACGCUGAAGCCGCACAAAAGCAACUAGGCGGAACGAAUUUUUACCGUGGCGCUGCAUGUUUGCAAUGUGGCCAGCCGGUCAUUGGGAAGGUGGGCAGCCAAAAGGCGAAUACAACGCUCAAGUUGACACAAAUAAAUUCAUUUAAUGCGGUGAAUUCGAAGCACGCAUUAUGCCUAACACAGUUUCGCAAAGCAAACGUUAACGUUGCAUCGCUUAGGAAGGAAGUAAAACUUUUUUGCAGACAAGCCGGAGUCACAAACUUCCAUGAGAUCGUUUACUCGACAUAACACUGAUUUAAGUGUUCGAUGAUUUAAGUUUUGCGGACUGACCGACGUAUGCCAUGUUGCAAUUACUUCGCUCAUUCCAACUUGAGCUUCUUGCCUAUUUUUAAAGGAAACUUGGCUGGGUCGUAUGACUAUUGAUGUGCCGAUAACGUACAUUGUGACGUUAACGCUUAAGGUGCCCUAAGUGUGUCAAAGGGCGUUGACACGGCAGGACCGCAGUCUUUGACACUAGAAGGUUUGCAAGACCCUCCUUGUGUGCAGGCAUUGUAUAUCAGGAGAGCUUGUUAUGGGAAUUUUAUGUUGCAGGUGCCCAUCAAUCGCGUGUAGAAGAAACAACACGGAUUUCGCCCUCAAGCAAGAAUUGUAUGCGCAAAAACUGAUCUUUUUGGCCGGUUCAUGGUCAGGGAUAUUGAACUGACCGACCGAGUCUCACAAGUUUCUGUCUUUUGGACCAAAAUUUCUGACCUCCACCCACAUACAGGGUCCAUUUCUGGGGGUUUAACCUCUGAUUGUGGCCCGAUUAACAUCCGCUUGGCAGGUAGUAGAUGACGUGACUCAUCAGAUACGCGGAAAUUAACGAAAAAUCUCACAUCUCUUUAAGUUCCAUACUAGGUUAUUUCGAUUAUGACUGUACACGUCCCUCAUCUUUUUUCAAAAGCAAGGAAGGAAUCGGAACAUUUUUUCCGCAAACAACACUUCCAGCCUUGCUCUCCAUCUUCUAGCCAUUUUGUUGCAUUUUCCCACGCGUAGAUUUUGUUCUUUACCCUAAAUGCACUGUAGUAAUUAUAUAAGUAGUGAAAUAUUUCUCAAACGACGAACACUGUGCUGGUUCUUUUCCCAAAUUACGUAAUUUACCAGGAACUAGACUACGCAAGACGCAUCUUGUUCUGUACGCAAAUGUUGAAAUGGCCAUUUGACGAUAGACCUUUUCGUGAUUGCUUAUUGAAUAUUUUUGUGUUUGGAAAUUACGGGUGCCUGUAUGCGUUAUUGCCUCGUUCUGGGACAUAAAAUUGCACAUGCUCACAGGUCUGUGUUUUUGCAAGAGAACAAACUUCUGUUUUCCUUAAAACAAUGUGGUUGCCCACAUCUUGCCUCACCUAAUUUACACGAACUGAAAAAUCAAAUUUCAAGUUGGUUAUGAUUUUUUAGUAAAUUAUGCCUCGUCAGAAUAAUUCUCCUCACUAGAAGGACGCGCAGCCACGCGCGGCAACUUCUAUUUGAAAUAGUUUAAAUAUUAUGGGGCGUUGGUACCCGUUCAAAAUUAUGGACUGUUUCGAAGCAUAUACUGCAUUCGAAGAAAUCAUUUUCCGGAACGUCCACUUUUGUUCCGCACCGCUAAUCUAGAUUUAUUUCAUCACAUUCCGUGAGUUGGUGUCCCACUCUUUUCACACGUGUCUAAGUUCAUCGUGGUUAUGCACAUCUUUGUGUCAUGUAAUGUGCGAUGACCAGGCGUGUGAUCUUUCGUGUCUAACGAUUUUUUCAACCAAACGCAGCAUGCCGGACCACCGGAUGGAAUUCCUCGUGUCUCCUACAGAAGCUUACAGUGCUAACGGAAACAAUAAAGUUGUGAGAGGGGAAUUUUUACGAGUAGAUUCACAACAUUUGAACGUGUUUGCCAAAUCCAUGCUGUGCAUAGGACGUAAAACUAUGACGCUAUGCAAAAAGAGCUUCCCAGAUAUAAGGCUGUCUUCGUUAUUGAAGUGAGGCAUUUUAUGUGGUCAAGUUCCCAGCCUAUGCAACUACGGAACUCGUAGUGUAGUAUAUGCGCUAUUUUUCACAAAUUGUCAACAAUGACUACGGAAGAACACAGGUUUCAGUUCUCUAACUGCCAUAAACUAGAACUUUUUUACUGGCAUAUGCAUGCCGCAGAGUUUUGAUUUGGUUCUGUGGUUUCCUAUUUGCUCACAUCGUAGGUCGCCUUUGUAAACCCAUUCGAAAGGCAGUUCAUCGACCGAGCUUAGCUCUUUGUGCUUUGCCAAUUUUUUAUCAGGUCUGACGUUAAAAGGGGUUCUCUUUAUUCAGGAAAUGGUGCCGACAAGCUACGCUUAGUGAAGAUAAGUCUCAGCCCUUCAACUUUACUCUCCCCAAAUGUUCCUGAAAGCACUUAGUUUGUGUUUGACCGCUUUGUAUUCAAGGUCAUCCAAGCUUUGGGUGGCGUCUGGCAUCCAGAGCACUUUACCUGCGCGUGCUGCCGCAUCAGUCUCAUCCAUGAGGACUUUUUUGAGCACGACUCGGAGCCCUACUGCACGGAGUGCCACCUUUCCCUCUUCGCGCCCAAAUGCGCCUACUGUGGAGAGGCAAUCGUCGAUGUAAGUCGCCAAAACUAUUCUCUCCGUGAGCAUCCCCUUGUUACCUGACAUUGUGCCCCUUAAAGGUACCACACGGUAGAUGUGCUGGACCAACACCGGGGGGGCACAUCAGAUUCUGGCAGGCGUAAUCGCGAAUGCGCGCCUAUAACAAGUGUCAGGCCCAGUUCCCGGCUCAUAUCGCGUAUGCUGGGAUCCCUGUCACUCGUCCCUCCACUGUUUUCGUUAGUUAAACUCCUGGUCAAGUGCGUGUUGUGGACCGGGAUGUGUGGCGACACGCCUAGGCGCGGAUUUACGCCAUGCAAGUCACAUGCACCCCCCUCCCGCCUCCAAUCUUCCUGACUAUGCCUUGACACCGGGCCCAGUAGGGGAGGGGAGAGUGCGGUAGAUGCUGCAAAAGUCUACAUUCACUAUUAAAAAAAAUACGCGCAAAUCACCGUGCCUGCUCUUGCCCUGUUAUGGAGCACUCGGUGGACAUCGUCGGUCAUGACGGUCGAACUGCCGUUACCUGACAUUGGUCUAUGUGAUCAUAUUUACACGGGUACAUGUUUUGCUGGCUCGCGCGUUAAUUUGUCAUUCUAGUUUCUUUAAUGCUAACCUCCUCCUCCAAAUGAAUGCAUUGUUUAUAGAAUAGUUGCUUAGAUCCAUGACUCCAAUUUGAUCUGGCUGAUCCUUGGUUACUGCUGGGCUCAAUGCUCGACUGCAAACGAGAACAAUUUCUGCCUUUUCGAUAAUCUAGGCUGGGGAUGCUUAUAACAGCUGCGUACUGCAACAACCGUCCGAUUGGAAAAAAAGAAGCCGUUUUGCUUUAAAAAUGAGUUACUGUGUACUUUCUCAGAUUCCCAUGACUACUGCUAGAAACGUGCUGUGUGCGGUCCAAACCGGACCUAACUCCUUUGGUUGCGGCUUUUUCUGCAAUACGUUUUUGAAAGAGAGCACGCGCCUAUCAAGCGUAUCGGAACUCCAUAGUCACCUGCCUGUCAGACGAAAACUUGUGGAUAUUUGCUGGCCAGCUGCGCGGUUUCUUAUGAGGCCUGUGCAAUCUGAACAGCCACGCCAAUUUCGAAUAAUCACCUCUGGACGUAAAGUCAUCUUGCAUGAUCUUUUAUUACGUUAUCGUCUUCCUGUAAACUCGCAGCUUUACAGAACAACGUAGUUUGUUCCACUUCAAGUAAAUAAACUCAUCAGACCAUAUAAACCAGAAUAUGGUGCUUACGGAUCAGCUUGCUAGGGUAUCAAGUGAUGCUCCUCGUUUCCUAGCUGGAUUAACUCGACAAAACGUAUGCAGUUCUAACUACUCUGAAACCGCUGUAGUUUCAUAAACUGUUCGUAUUGUGCAACUAGUAGCAAAUUUGUUCAGAGCAAUCCAUUUCCUCACAAUCGAGGAUGGAGCACAGAGGUGCUUAACCACUAGCCCUGUUCUUACCAGCAUCCAAGUUACGCUUAGCAUCACCAUCGCACCCUAACCCUCGCUCUCCCCCCCCCUUCAUCCCGAACCGUUCACCACCAUCAUUAUCACCAGCGGCCCACGAUUGCCCGUGACCUUUACUACAAUGAUUAGAUGUCUAUCCAAAUUUUGGACUGAUUACGCUAGUAGGUAAGGUAAGCGCACGAGAAAGUGGCCCAAGCUGCUACUGCGGCAUCCAGACUGGCCGCCUUACUGCUGCGCUAGUACAAGCAGGAUCCACGAUGAUUCCUGGUAUAGGAGCUUUAUAAGCCUAACGUUUCGGAUUCUCACUCGAAUCCAUCAUCAGAGACAGAGGCAAAUAAGGGGGGGAGUAAGUUGCCCAGGUGUUGCAGCAAUCGUGUCUCCUUCUUCGCGACUUCUUCCUGGAACCCGCCUCUUCGUUUCUAUUAGCAGAUUUCUGGUAUGUCAUUUGGGUUGUCCCAAGUCUGUGUGAGUCCUUGACUAGUGCCGCGCAGCACCUUUAUAGACUGAGGCCUUAUGCCAUGCAACCAUCACGCCCGAUCUCAUCAUCAUUUGGCCGAGUGGCUGGUACAGGCCACUGGAACCUGGGGGGGGGGGACAAAGAAGAGGAAGUGAGGCCAAUCCUGACGUAUCACUUCUCGUGCCAACUGAGCUCAUUUCUCACCACAGUGAGCACGACGCACUAGAAACUAGCAUGAAACUCUUAUAGCCGUGGUUUUGAGGGUUAAUUGCUGAUGGGGUAAUUUGAUCAUCCACUGAAGUUAGGAUCAAACAUGGGGGCUUCUACUUAACGUGAGCCUUAUGGCGACUCUCACUUCCGUGAGAUUUUAGACCGACCGCUGAAGUCUGACGCGCAAGUCACUACUGCACCCAACUGGCUGAUCGUCGUGGUCUUUAUUGCUUAUGAUGAGUUAACCGUUAGGUGCGAACUAAUCGAGGCUGGCAACACAUUCUGUUUAUUACUUACCCCUUGACGUUCGGGUUUCUGAACCACUCCGUCUGCAAAGUUUAUGCCCUCUUAUUUUUGUCCCCUUUCAGCGCUGUCUCGAGGCCAUGGGCGUCUUCUGGCAUCCGGACCACUUCUUUUGUCAGUCCUGCCACAUCCCCUUCACCGACAGCACGACAGCACAUGAGCAGUCGGGGAAGGUGUAUUGCCAGUAAGUUCUGUUUUAUUUGUCCCCUUUGCGGUUCGACAAGUGACUGACCUUUGCGGUGGGUUUUUUUUUCCUAUCUUUAUGUAUUCCCCUAUAGUCGUAUAGCUGUCAGCGGGGGGAACAUUAUUAGAAUACAAAUCACCUGAUUCUGUUCGCUUUCGUGCUGCAGAAUUAAAAACGCAACAGGAUACGAAGCGCACGUGUUGGGGGCUGUUGGCAGCUGUUAAUUAGUACGAACCCACAGGUUGCAGACAUUUCCUAUAAAGAACCUUUUUUAGUAAAAUGACGGCGAAUUUCCAGAAUACAGUUGACCUCCGCCCAUUCGCGGUUCAGCAUUCGCGCAUUUCUUCUUUUCGUAGAGCAUAUGCAAAAAAAAUCGCUAAUUAUUUUAUUUUUUCGGAACUAAAUACAUUUUUAUGAUAAACAGUAGUCUAAGAAUUUUUAACGACCAGUAUUAGUGUAUUUUAGGACGAUAGUUUAAGGUGUAUUUGUUGUUUGAACAUUCCAGUAGACAGCUCUAAGCGUUUUAAAUGGGUCUCAAGUAUUCGCAGGCUUCAGCUAUUCGCGGGUAGCUGUGGUCCCUAAUCCACGCGAAUACGGGGGAGUCGACCGUACAGUUCCUGUGCUCGAUUCAAGCGAUAAGGAAAGUAAGGGGUCUGAAUAACGGUAUAAACUCGUGUUGGCUAGCCGCAUGCCAGACAGUCCCUCCAUCGCGCGCAAUUAGCACCGCGAUUAUUUCAGAAUAGGACUCAUCCGCGUCAUGCGUAGAUGGGUGUUAUCACAUGCUACGCAUGUUGACUAAAAAGGAGGCCAGACUGCAUCACGGCAUACGUUAAUCGAACCAAGCAGAGUUCGCGCGAGCUCACAACUACUACCUACACACGGAGCGGGGGGACUGUUGUGAGACGCCCACAUGUAGGCGCUCCACGCUGCAUCUGCCACUGCGCCCAAUUCCGGCACCGGCCGGUUGACAGGCUCGGACAGUGGACUGGUACAUGGGAGAUGGAGGACAGAGGCCGACACCGGGAACCCAUCCCCACGGCGCAUCAGCCCAUUCCUCACUAAGAAUCAAUGUGGCAUGCCUGAAUCUAUCCCGACGCGUUAAAAUCUAAGCCUUUGGAGGCUGCAAACUGACCAUAUAGCCCAGCCCUUGUCAGGACUGAGAAUCAGGUCGCAGUGGCUCCUUAUUAAUAUGGCCUUCAUGUCUCACCCACUUGGGCGAUACCUGAGCAGCCCCCCACAUGAAAGCCUGGUACGUAUUUUGGGGACCAAGUCUUGCGUGGAAAGCUCAGACGGGUUGUUUGACUUUGUUAGACACUGUGUCCGAUCCAAACUCAUCGUCUUGCCAUCGGAGCCAGAUGGGUGAAGGAGGAGGGAGUGCGGCAGGCGCUGCACAAGUUUGCCUCACUGUUAACUACUUAGUGCGCCCAUUCCAUGGGACAGACGGUGGACGUGGUAGUUCGCAACUACCAAACUGCCGUCGUCGUAUAUUCCCCAAGUUAAAAAAUGCCGGGCUUCAACUGUGGGUCUCGAAUCCCACUAAAACGAGGGGCGCCAUAGAGGCCACGUUGGCAAAUAGCUCUCUUACCUGAUCUUAGUUUUAGGGGAUGACUGAAUCACCCCAUCAGCUGUCAACCCUCAUAAUCACGGCUUCUAGAACGUCAUGGCAGUUCCGAGUGCGUCGUGCUCAUUGUGGUGAGAAAUGCACUGAGUACGUACGAAAAGUGAUACAGUGAGUGACCGAUCUCAUGAGAUGUUGACUGGAAUUCCGAAAUGCGUUUUCGAUUAGGAAGGAUUACUUGGUCGCGGUUGUAAUGCUGAUUAUCUUGUGGCAUAACCCUAUGAUAUUUCGAACUCGGCAGGAUGUCAGCUUUUGAAUAAAUUACUUAUCAAUCUCCUGCAGAAACCGCACUCGGUAAAAAAUGGCUACUUAUGUAGCAUGCAUUUUUUCCCACUGAUUUUCGACGGUCUUGCAAAUUCAAAUAUAGCUUAUAGAAACCAUAAAACGAAUAUGCUUCCUUUCAGUCAAUUAAUAGAGAAUCAUGUAUUUUUAUAUUUUAUACUCAAGGAAGGAGUAUAAUUAGGUUUUGAAAAAGUUUUCUAAUUGCCGAAUAAUUCGGAGCCUGAUCAUUCGUUGCGUUGGCGCAUAGUGAUUUCAGUCUACAAGGUGUAUGCGUUCCGCGCAAAGAAAUUCACAUAUUUUUAUAUGCCUUUAAAAAGAUAUCAUACAGAGUCUAUAAAAGUUUGCAAUGGACGCGGACUAUGUUGUACAUUUCCUGAGGAGCCGUGGUAAUCGGCUAGGUACGAUGCUAUGUGAAUGGACAUUGCGCGGUCCUAAAAAAUCUCAUAACCAGAAACACUUUUAAAACCUAAUUAUACUACUUCCUUGAGUAUAAAAUAUAAAGAAGACGUGAUUCUCCAUCAAUUGACUGAAACAAAGCAUUUUCUUGUUUAUGGUUUCUAUAAGAUGCAGUUGAAUUUGCAAGACCAUCGAAAAUCAAUGGGAAAAAAUGCAUGCUACAUAAGUAACCAUUUUUUACCGAGUACAGUUUCUGCAGGAGAUUGAUAAGCAGUUUAUUCAAAAGCUGACAUCCUGUCGAGUCCGAAAUAUUAUAGGAUUGUGCCACAAGAUAAUCGGUAUUACAAGCGCGCCUAAGUAAUCCUUCCUAAUCGAAAACCCAUUUCGGAAUUUCAGCCACAUUUCAUGAAAUCGGUCACUCACUGUACUUCAGGAUCGGCCUUACUCCUUCCAAGCGUCCGUCCCCUGUGUAGGCCUUUUGGUCGAGUGGGAAUGAGACUGGGCGCGGUGGUUGCGUGGCGUAAGGCUUCAGACCAUUAAUUGCAUGCACACACACACACACAUGUUCCAGUUGCUUGUCUUUAUGGACAUUGCCAAAAGGCAAUGUGAUGUUGAUGCAAGGGGUUCUGUGCGGUUUUAUUGCCUGCACAUGACCAAAAAGGUCAGUGCGGUGGCUGAACGUGCAGGUGCAACGUAAGCAGAGCGGGUGUGCCUGACGGGUGUUGUUCGAGAUUUCGGGCACUGGUUCGCAAGGGCUCGAAGAUCCAGUGUGUGAUCGAAAUGGGCCGUCAUAACGGGAACAAGUUGAUAUUGAAUCCGCAGUACUGAUGAUGUCCGUCCUUUAUUAAGUGAGAAAGUUCUCAACCAGGAUGAACUGAGGCGGGAAGGUGUGUGAUACAGCAAGAAAAAUGAGAGAGUUUUCACAGCGAAUGGUGGUGGUUUACACAGCGGUCAUGCACGCUGCACUGACAUUAGUGAGUGCAGCCCAUCAGACCUUAGACGUAUGCCAACCUUGGGCAUUACGGUCAAGCCGGGACUUCACUGAGCAGUCGCGUGACGAUAAAAGGACAGCAUAUCGAAGCGUGAGAAGCAUUCCGUAAACGAUCUUAAGAUUGUUGAAGAAAGGGAGUCCUCAGCAUAAACUUGCCUGAAAUCUGUCAAUAGGGUUUCGGGGCUCAAGUCAUGCGUUCUAGGUUUGGCAUUGUCAUCCAAAUAGUUUAACCAUUCUUGGGAGACUUAACGUUCUUCUACAGUGAAUGAUACUGUAGGAUUAUAAAAUUAUCCCGAUUCCUCUCGGAUGGGCGGGGUUAAAUGGUAAUGCACUUGAAUAGACUGAUAUUGGGCAAACUUAAGCGAGUACUUGAACUGUGUCUCUGAUAGUUUCAUUUGCUUUUCACACUGUUUACUUUUAAUCAUAUGAGCCCGAAAUAUCGGAAAGAGCAUUUUUUUCUCGUGUGAUGAAUGAACAGUUAGUCAUUACCAGCAACCUGGCCUCUUCUGUCAUCCUUGAAAUGAAAGCGCCUCUUCUAUGUAAUGCUUUCUGAUCUCUCACCAGCCUGAACUAAUGUGUCAUUAUGUUGAGCUGGAUUUUUUUUCUCUGCCUCUGCAGAACAUAGAUUUCGGGCAUUCAUAAAUAUUUGCCAGGUCGACCAGAGCUCCUGUGACUUUGUUUUUAAAUUUCCGUGAUAAUUCUGCUGCUUUUCAGAACCUGUUUUUCAAACAAUUUCGGCGCACGCUGUGGUGGCUGCCAGCAACCAAUCACCGGCGACUACAUCACUGUCUCUGACAGCCCCUGGCACGAGCAAUGCUUCAGGUGCCAUGUAAGUUCUCCUUGGCUUGUGGACGGCAAAACUGACGGCGAUUAAUAGGUCCGCGCGAACAAUGUGACGAAAUAUCGAUGAAAGAGCACACAUUAGGUUCUGGGUUAUUUCGUAGGGUUUAGAAGUACGUUUCGAGGAUGGUCUCCUCUUCACAAAAAUGUGCUUAGUUGAAAGUCCAAGAAACCUUACGAAGAUUAAAAGUCCCCUACUGGCAGACCAACUGGCUCAUAAGACGCGCACUAUUUAGUAUUUGCGAGAGGGUCCAGUUCUUUCAUGCUAAGCAGUUAACGCCAAUAUUGCAUUACGACCAUGUUGCAUUGGAUUCCAAGUAUGAAUUGAGUCGCCAGAUGUUCCUUCAAAACUUAGUCAUUAAGUGUCAGCAUAAACCAAGUAUAAUACAGGUUUCUUGACAUCAAAGGAAGGCUUAUUGUGGUGCCUGGCAUUCCAGGUUUAUCGCGCAGUCAAUGGGAAGGAUGGAACAGUGUGUUACUACAACUUCGAUAUAUUACGAUAAUGCAUGAUCUCUAAUAUUAAUACGUCAAGUAGUGGAAAGUCAUAUAAUGUCUGAAGAUUUUCCGUAAUAUAUUAUUAGGUAAGUAACAGGGAGAGGUCCGUUAAAAACUUCCGAACAAGGUAAUUCUUGUCCUGAUAAACGGACUAAUCAUUAAGAACGAACUUGCGAAGGGGCGCUUGGACGUAGAUGCCAGUCCAGUCGAUUUUAAUGCAAAAUGUUCCUUUUCCAGAUCGCGGUAACCCGUGUAAAUUUAGAGAAUGAUCAUCAGGCUUAAAAUGAGGUUCCCUGGCUUUCGUCUUAACCACAGUUAAGAUAUACUGAAUAAGAACCUGUGCUACGGCACUGAAUAAGUUAAAAUAUUUAAAUUUUUAAGCUUCUGUUUGUGCGAUUUUUCGUGUCGGAUAAUCUGAGAUGAAUUGCUGUUCGAGUCCUCUAAAACAGGAUUUCCAACAUUGAUUGAUCAGUCGAAAAUGAGUAUUAGAGCUUGUAUGCCCACCAACCAUUCAAUUGGCCAACGGUAGCCAAUAGUUAAUUACCAGUAGUGCUUCUUUUCCUUCUAAAAAUCAGUUUCCGCUUACGUCUCGAGCGUUGCUCUAGGCGCAGUGCCCUUUUCCAUGGCAUGCCAAUGUAUACUGAGAGGCCACCACAUACGCUGCUAUUUCAAGAGAUUGAUGAUUGGUCGCGCAAGAAUGCAUCCAAUUAGAAAGGCAAACACAAGUCUUGCUUUAUUUAACAACUCAGAAUGCCUCCACCAAGAUUUACGUGAGCCGCCAUUUUCAUUUGUUGGCUCCCGGAUCUGGGCUGUGUAUUUUAGAACAAUGGAUGCCAAAUGUUUAAGUAUAUGUCUUGUAUGUUUUGUCUAAUUUAAGAACGGACACCAUGAACUCGCAGUCCAAAUGCAUAUUUACCAUGUUAUAUGUUUACAAUAUCACAGCAGGACUGAACCUGGCACGACAUUGAGUGCUACUCUUCUAACGAUAGGUAAUCUAACUUCCAUCUGUCGAUACAUACGGGCUACUGCUGUACGUGGACGGAGCAAGUCUUACACUGUUCAGCUGCUCAUAUGGACAGAGGACGUACUAUUAACCACCACGCUGUUGUCGUGCUCAACUAGUGUCCCUUACAUUUGAGCGCACUAGCCUCAUUAAGGGAAGUCCCCAUACGGGAAGCUCUCACUAAACUCGCGGUCUCCUGCGAUCAUACUAGAUCAUCGAGCAAGUAGACCUUGUCUGCCUGUUUUGAACGUACCUUCGGAAUUCGGACGACAAUACGCUCAAAGUAGCAGUGGGUAUUCAAGUCCUAAUGACAACUCACUCUUUCUUCUCCCAUUAGGAAUGUUCUAGAAACCUGUCUGGACGAAGUUUCUUCACUAAAGAGGGACUCCUCUAUUGUGAGGCUCACCAGAACAAUUUCACCAGUCCCAUCUGCGCAUCAUGCUCUCAGCCCAUAUCUGGACGUUGCAUCAACGCGAUGGGUAAGCGCUUCCACCUGCAACACUUUGUCUGCACAUACUGUCUGCGACAGCUAAACACGGGCACCUUUAAGGAGCGCGCCUCAAAACCCUACUGCAGCUCCUGUUUUCGGCAGCUUUUCGGUUAG